UUUUAUUUUACGAAAUGACGACUGGGUGGCGCUGGCUGGCGUGUUGUUUCACGAAGUACCUAGUUAUUAUCUGUAUCUGUUAAAAACAUAGUUUGUAGGCGUGCUGGAUUUGUUCACUUGUUGAAUACUAUAAUUCGUGAUUUAUCGAAAAAAAUAAAUAAAAUACCGUGUUUUAGUGGGUGCGUGUUCUUUUUGAAUUCUUGAAGACAGAAGUUUUGAUUUCCAUCUCAUCCAGUCAAGGAUGUUGCGCUUUCUGAGCCGAAGGGGGCGUUCAUCGAGCCAAAAUCGCAAUAAACAAACCCAGAAGGCAUCAAGCAACAAAAAUUUAAUACAAUGCAAAGUGCUAUUACUUGAUGACACAGAUUUGUCUAUAAACUUAUCUAAGAAGGCCAGUGCCAAUGACCUUUAUGAACAAGUAUUUUAUUCUCUAGAUUUGAUAGAAAAAGAUUACUUUGGAUUACAAUUCACUGAUACCCAUAAUGUUAAACAUUGGUUGGAUCCCACUAAAACUAUUAAAAAACAAGUGAAAAUAGGACCGCCUUACACUCUACGACUGAAAGUGAAGUUUUAUUCUUCUGAGCCCAACAACUUGAGAGAAGAACUAACUAGAUAUCAGUUCUUUUUGCAAUUGAAAAAAGACAUCUUGGAAAGCAAACUUGAGUGUCCACAUUCCACUGCAGUUGAACUAGCAGCAUUAGCUUUGCAAUCAGAGCUUGGAGACUUUGAUGAAAAUGUUCACACUCCUGCAACUGUGUCAGAGUUUAGGUUUGUGCCCAACCAAACGGAAGAGAUGGAAAUUGAAAUAUUAGAAGAGUAUAAAAAAUGUAAAGGACUAACACCAGCACAAGCUGAAGUCAAUUAUUUGAACAAAGCCAAAUGGCUUGAAAUGUAUGGUGUUGACAUGCACAUUGUUUUGGGCAAAGAUGGCUGUGAAUAUCACUUGGGAUUGACACCUACAGGCAUACUCGUCUUUGAAGGACCUCAAAAAAUUGGUUUAUUCUUCUGGCCUAAAAUAAGCAAGCUUGAUUUUAAGAAAAAGAAACUAACACUUGUUGUGGUGGAAGAUGAUGACCAAGGUCGGGAACAAGAGCAUACAUUCGUGUUCAGAUUGCAUAAUGAAAAAGCAUGUAAACACCUUUGGAAAUGUGCUGUUGAACACCACACCUUCUUCCGCCUCAGAGCACCAGUAAAAGGUCCUUCAGCUCGACAAAACUUCUUCCGAAUGGGUUCUCGAUUCCAAUAUUCGGGAAAAACGGAGUACCAGACUACACAGCAAAACCGCGCCCGACGCACUGUACAAUUUGAAAGGCGACCAAGUCAAAGGUUUGCUCGACGACAAAGUCAUGUACUGAGGGAAAGAGAAAAACAGAAUGUGGUCAAACCAGAGACUGCCCAACCAGAACCAGCUAACGAAAUUCCUAGCACAUCAUCUGACACAGCAGUCUUGUUGCCUGAUGUUGAUACAUUAUCUAGAAAAAGCAGUGCUAAAUCUCAAAAAUCGUCUCUUAUGGAUGCUGAGAUUAAACCAGAAAUUGGUGAGCCAUCUACCAAGAACCUUCUCAAUGAAGAACCAGCUGAAGAAGUGUUGAUGUCGAAAGACGACGCUAUAAGCAACAAGGUGCUAUUCAAAAUGGACAAAUCUCUAAAUGAAGAAAAGAAGAACAAUUUAACUCAACUUGUAAUCAAUAAGCCAGCCUGCAGUUGUUCUCCUGUUAAUGAAUCAAACCCACUCAAUGAUCUCCUUAUGAGUUUGGUUAAAGAAAAACUCAAUAAUGAUGAUUCUAAAAAUGAAGCAAAGAGAGAUCAGUUGGAUUCAGCAAGUGACAAGGAAGUACCUAACAAUCAGACAAAAUGCUACCUCUCUUCUACUAAGGCUCUGCCACCAGGGCAGCUAAAGUGUAAUAAUAUUUUGAAAGCCAGAGAAAAUGAGGUGAAGGUCAUUAAUGAGUCCACUAACAUUAACUUGGCUAUACCAUCUACCCCGUCUCCGAAAAUAUUGAAUGAGCCUACAAAUCCCAUCAACUCUCAAUAUGUGUCAAUUGUGGUAGUGGAACCUCCUCAUAAUCAACCAAAAUUAGCGUCACCGAAACCAGUUGAGAAAAAGGAAGAUGUAACUCCCAAGGUGCAACCUAUAUCAUCCCUCUCUCCCUGGCUUGUGUCUUCUGAACCGAGCUCACCAUCUGGGAUUGGAGAGAAGGAAAUAACAAUAAUCCACCGUAAGUCCGUUAUCACUACUCAAUUGUAGGUAGUUGUAUUGAGUCAAAUUUUACUGACAAUAUUCUUAAAAAAAAUGACAAUAUAGAAUAAAAUUGCAUGUGUUGCUUUUAAAAUUAAAAUAAUGAAAUUAUUAUUUAGUGCCUUAAAAUCGCCUAUUCGUAGAUUUAGUAUUGAAUAAAUAGUCGGUGUAGUUAAUCGAAAAAAAAAGAACAUUAAUAAAAAUGUAUUUAGUUAUUUAUAGCAGUGAUCUCUAAUGUUUUUCUACAGAAUUUAUUGACACAGCAUUAGAUAUUAUGCCAACUUAAGUGCAACUGAUUUUCGGAAAACUAGUUUUGUCGUAAGCUAAACUAGUUCGUCCGACUAUAUUAAAACCGUCCAAAGCACUUGAGAUUAAACAUUCCUUGCUUAGUAUAAAUUUUCGCUUUCAAAGUUUCGACGGAAACCUAAAGCGAGAUGAUGCCUUUAUUACCACGAUAUGAUAAAUAAUAAUGGGUCAUCUGGUUUCAUUCCGCUUGGGUGUACUAAGUAGAUAUCGAUACUUUUAUUAUGUCCUUGUAUUUUUCCACGCAUAACUGUCGCACUCGACAAAAUAGGGAAAUAUGAGUGCUUCUAUUCUCUUAAAAAUGUGUCUGAGCUCACAUUGUAAUAGAAUUUAUUUUUGUAACUACUUAAAUAAAUAUGAAUUUUUUGAACAUUCCUAUAACUAAGUCUGACACGACGCGAAAGUCGAUCCAGAAAGAGAUCUAAAAUGGAGAUGAGGUUGUUCAAGGUUAGAACGUGACAAAUACAUCGAUUAGGCAGCUCUCUUGUAUUGAAAAUAUAUUAUUUAUAUUCUUCCAGAAGAAUAAUAUUAAAUAUAUUACGUUUGAAUGAUCCUAUUCAAAAUAUUCGCUGUAGUGGUAAGCUGUGUACUAUUGUAUGUACAUUUUUAUACGCAAGUGUUUUCCCCAUAUCAGUUGUCGUGUCCCAGACUACAUUUAUACAUAUAAUUAUUUUCAAUAUCAUAUAUCUUUUUAUAGGUAGUGAGUGUACUUUUAUCUAUCGCUGUUCAAACAGCACGGAUAUCAAUUUGAAAUAUGUAUUCAAUUGUAAUAUUUUAAUGAUAGUAUUUAUGAUGCCGUCCUUAUAAACAAUCAUUCUGUAAGUCUGUAACGCCUUUUAGCAUAAGUACAACAUAUCAGUAUUACAAAACGAAUGAAAGAACUUGGAGGAGGUGCCAUAGUCUAAUUAAUUGCCAUUCAAUGAUACUCUCAAAAUCAUAUUGCAUCAAAUUUUCUGUCACCCAUUUAAAGUUAUAGAUUCAUGUUUAAUUUUCUAUCAUGUAACAUAUUAUAUAUGCCUGUAUUCGAAAUAAUAACAUUUAUUCUGUAUGGAUUUGACUAGAUUUUAAAAUAUGGCAAUGAUAAAAGUACCAUAAUAACAAUUUAUGUAUGUGCCAACAAGUCUUCUAUUCUGCUUUAUAUUCGAACGUUCGAGAAACGCUGUUUUAUUCAUGACAUAACAACAUAAUUUAUGGAAUUGAUUUGUUUAAUUUUAAUGUAUUCGUCACCUACAUACAAUAUGAAGUUCAAUCUAGAUACAUUAUAAUAAGUUCAUAUAUUUUAAGCUUUAUGUUACAUAGUAUAUUUUUGUUUAUCAAAUAAGUACUUACGUUGAUAUAGCAGUAUAGAACGGUGAUCGUUAUUACAAAAAAAAAAAACAUAAUACAAAUAACGUGCCAAUUAACGGAUAUAACAAGGUGCUUGGGAACAAUUAAUAAUUACUGAUUAGUAUGUAUAGAAUCUCGGCGAAUAAUAGUAACAAUAUGACACUGUACAUAACACGUCGCCAAAACCGCAAAAGGGCGAACCUCAAAUAAAUUGUAUGAGGUUCGCCAUUUUGCGAUGUUGGGGACGAACAGUGUUAGGUACUGUUAUGUCUGCAAACGCAGCCACAACCCUAUGACCAACGAUAUAUUUUUAAUAUGAGUAUUAUAAUAUAAUAAUUGUACCUCUCAGUAUAAUAUAAAAGUCUACAAUACUUGAUUUUAUUGGUAUAUAAUUAUAUUAUUGAAAGUGUCUAUUAUGCGGUACUUGUAUUGUGACGCAUUUCAUUUUAUUAACAUUUAUCAAAUAAGUCAGACAAUAUAUCGAAAUGUAGAUAUUAAUUCAAUGUAGAGAUUAAGCUCAGUACUUAAAAUGUAACUUAAAGUACUUAAUUAUGCUUGGAUUUUAAAUCAAUGUAGGAUUUGUAGCGAGUAACUCGCGAAAUUUGCCUUUAUUCAACGAGUGCUUAAUUGCUACAAUGUUAAUUACAACUGGAACAUUUAAGUUCUGCUAUUUUAGUCCUAGAACUAAUAAGUUCUUUCGAUGAAUUGAUUAAUUUUAGUGAGAGGUAACACAGGUGCCUUCAUUAGGUACCUGUUUUAAUUUAGGUACACCGCAAUUUUAAUCGUCCUUUGAAUUUUAAUGACAUAUUAUUAUUAUAUUUUAGCGAUUUUUGUUAAGUUAUAUACUGGUUAUAUUUUAAAUGUAAGACAAAAUUUACGUAUACUUGUAGCUACAUUAUAUUUGUGUUAAUUGUUCGUAUUAUUUUACAUCGUCUACAAUACAAUAUAUUGGAUUAUAAUAAUAUAUUUAUUUUUACUUCA